UAAUGAACACUUAACCUUGUCUCUCCCGGAUGCGUGGGUUCGCACCCCUCUCCCGCCCUGAAUUAGGGGGUACGGAGCCCCCCCAAAAAAACUCCAUCUUCCCCGGAUGCCUGGGUCCACACUCCUGAUUAAGGGGAGCUGCCCAUCUCUGAACCCCCCAGGUUUCACCUCUGGGGGGUGCUGUGCCAGAGCCCCCCACUCCCCACUUGGCCGGGGGCAGAUGGAGGCCAUGGCAGUGGCCAAUGGGAAGGCGGACGGUGACGGAGCAGCCAAUGGGAUGAGCAGUGCUGGCAGAGGUGCUGAGUCCUGGGGCGCGAGGGCAGAAGAGGACCAGAGAGAGAACCUGGAGGUGCCCAAUCAGCCAGCAGAUGCCUGGGUGGCGCCGGACGGUGCCUUCACCAAGCAGGUCCUGCAGCCGGGCACAGGGCUGGACAAGCCGACGCUGGGCGCCCUGUGCCAGGUCUUCCUGGAGGCACCGCCGGGGGCGCCCCUGGGGUACCCCACCGACCGCUGGGCCCAACUGGAGCUGGGUGAGGGGGACAGAGCCUGGGACGACCUGGUGGACGCCUGCCUGGAGACCAUGGUGCCGGGGGAGCGGGCCGAGCUGUGGGCCCCGGGCAGGGCCGUCCUGGGGCUGCACCUGGCCUCCUUUGCCCCGGUCCCGGAGCCCUGGCAGCUGGACCCGGCGGAGAAGUGGGCGCUGGCCCUGCGGCACAAGGAGCGCGGCUCAGAGCUCUACCGGGCCGGCGAGGUGGGGGCGGCCGCCCGGCGCUACACCCGGGCCCUGCAGCUGGCCAUUGCUGGCGGCCCGGCCCCCCCGGCCCCGGAGCACGCCCGCCUGCGGGCCGACCUGCACGCCAACCUGGCCGCCUGCCAGCUGCGGCUCGCCCAGCCAGCCCACGCCGCCCGCAACUGCACCAAGGCGCUGGCGCUGCGGCCCCAACACACCAAGGCCCGGUACCGCCACGGCCUGGCCCGCGCCGCCAUGAACGACCUGGAGGGGGCGGCCGAGGACUUCCGGGGGGUGCUGGCGGCCGAGCCGGGAAACACGGCCGCGUGCAGGGAGCUGGAGAGGGUGGGUCAGCGGGCGCGGGAGCGGGACGCCCGCCUGGCCCAGGCCAUGAGCAAGCUCUUCUCCUGAGCGCGGCGGGGACAGAGCCUGGAGCCUGCAUCUGGGGUGGGGCAGGGGGCCCUUCCCCUCUGAGGGGCGCCGGCUCCCAUCCAGCCCCAGGACAGGGACUGGCUGGCUCAGGGGGGCAGGGAAUGGGACACAGCUGGCCCAGUAAUUCGUCAGUUUCGAUAAUAAAAUUUAUUUCUUAAAAUACAAAGAAAUCUUUUGUUGUUGAA